AUGGAAAAAUAUGAUUUUACUAUUAAACCAACAAAGCCCGGAUGCAAACGAACUAAUUACAGAGAGUUAAAAUUUGCACAGACAGUGAUUUUCACCAUUGAGGAGAUCAACAGAAACCCUGAGCUGCUCCCAGGCAUUACACUGGGAUACAGGAUCUAUAAUGGCUGUGGAAUCCAAAAUCUGUUAAGAGCAACAAUGGCAGCUAUCACAGGACAGCAGGCAAAGAAGCUAGAAAAGAGCUGCAACUUUCCCAGAGUGCAAGCCCUCAUCGGACACUCCUCAUCUGGACCCAGCAGGGAAAUAAGCAAGCUCAUCAACCCCAUGAAUAUACCACUGAUCAGCCACCUUUCAACCUGCGAAUGUCUGAGCAACAAGAAUUUAUACUCCACCUUUUUCAGAACAGUGCCCAGUGACUACUUUCAGAUCAUUGCACUGGUACAGCUCAUGAAACACUUUGGAUGGACCUGGGUGGGAGUGGUUUACAGUGUGGGGACAUAUUCUGAAGAGGGAUCAGCUGCAUUUACCAGGGAAGCGAAAAAGGAGGGCAUCUGUGUGGAGUACCUUCAGAAAUUCAGCAGAACUUACUCAAAGAAUAAAACUCGUGAAAUUGCACAGACAAUAAAAAGCUCAACUUCCAAAGUUGCUUUAGCCUUCAUGUCUAAGUCAUACUUUCAGCAUUUCUUAGAGAGCAUGGAGGGAAUGAAUCUCACAAACAAACAGUGGAUUGGCAGUGAGGCCUGGAUCACAAGUGGAGAACUAUUAACUGAGGAGAGGGCAGAGCUCCUGCAGGGAGCCAUGGGAUUUGCCAUCACAGGGUCUCACAUUCCCGGGCUGACAGAGUUUUUACUGUGUCUGCGGCCGUCUGAUGCCCCUGACAGCAUCUUCCUCAGAACUUUCUGGGAGACGGUUUUUGACUGCAGCCUUUCCCACUCUGACAAUUCUAAGUUGUGCGACGGCACUGAAGAUUUAAGGACCAUCACUAAUGAUUACACUGAAAUGUCAGAGUCCAGAACAGUCAACAAUGUUUACAAGGCCGUAUAUUCUGUGGCACAUGCCAUACACAAUCUCCUACAGUGCCACAACGGAACAAACCCCCGCACUGGAAAGAGCUGUCUCAGUAAGACUGACAUUCAGCCUUGGCAGGUUCUCCAGCAACUGAAGACAGUUAAUUUUACCACCCUGUUGGGGGACAAGGUUUAUUUUGAUGAAAAUGGUGACUCGGUGGCAAUGUAUGACUUAGUGAAUUGGCAGAUAGGUGCCGAGGGGUCCCUAAAAAUAGUUAAUGUUGGUAGAUAUGAUGCAUCUUUGUCAAAUGGCCAGAUGUUUAAACUGAAGGAAAAUAUCAGCAUUGUGUGGACUGGACAGCAAGACAAGGUACCACAGUCAGUCUGCACAGAUAGCUGCCCAGCUGGAAGCCGAAAAGCCAUAAACAAAAGAAAACCUGUGUGCUGCUUUGACUGCAUAGAAUGUCCUGAUGGAGAAAUAAGUAACCAAACAGACUCCAUUGGCUGCAUGAAAUGUCCACCAGAAUACUGGUCCAAUGAAAACAGAAGCCAAUGUGUUUUAAAAGCCAUUGAGUACCUGUCAUAUGAAGAAAUCAUGGGAUUAUUGCUUGUUACGUUUGCUUGCCUUGGUGCUGUUUUAGCAUCUGUUAUAUCAACAGUGUUUCUGCUUUUCAAAGAUACUCCUAUAGUGAAAGCCAACAAUUCAGAGCUGAGCUUCCUGCUGCUCUUUUCAUUGAAACUGUGUUUCCUUUGCUCUCUUACCUUCAUCGGCCGGCCCUCUGAGUGGUCCUGUAUGCUGCGCCACACUGCAUUUGGGAUCACCUUUGUCCUCUGCAUCUCUUGUGUUCUGGGGAAAACAAUAGUGGUGUUAAUGGCCUUCAGGGCUACACUUCCAGGAAGUAAUGUCAUGAAGUGGUUUGGGCCUUUGCAGCAGAGACUGAGUGUUCUUGCUUUCACUCUCAUACAAGUCCUUAUUUGUGUGCUUUGGUUAACAAUAUCCCCUCCUUUCCCCAACAAGAACAUGAAGCACUACAAAGAAAAGAUAAUUCUCGAAUGUGACGUAGGAUCAGCAGUGGGGUUCUGGGCUGUGCUGGGUUAUAUUGGGCUCCUUUCUAUAUUGUGCUUUGUUUUAGCUUUUCUGGCUCGUAAGCUGCCUGACAACUUCAAUGAAGCCAAAUUCAUCACAUUCAGCAUGCUCAUAUUCUGUGCAGUCUGGAUCACCUUUAUACCAGCUUAUGUCAGCUCACCUGGAAAGUUCACUGUAGCUGUGGAAAUAUUUGCAAUUUUAGCUUCCAGCUUUGGCUUGCUGUUCUGUAUUUUUGUGCCCAAGUGUUAUAUUAUCAUAUUCAAGCCUGAAUUUAAUUCAAGGAAGCAUCUGAUGGGGAAGAUGCCUUCAAAAGCUCUCUAG